UAAAAAGCUCUCCACCUACAUAUAAUCGUAUAUAAAUUGGGACAGCAGUCUUGCAAGUUUUUAGUCUUUUUAUAAACAUUCAACGCAACACACGCACAAAAAUGUCAGCUGAUAUUGAUAACUAUAAUGCCGAUGAGUUGGUACCACCUGAAUGGCUAAAUGAACAGUUCUUUAAAGACGUUCUAACGCAUAAUCAUAAUGAUGCAAACGUAAAAGUGAUUGACUUUAAAAUAUCUCCAGCAACAGCUAAAGGAGAUCAUUAUGCGAGUAUUAUGUUUCGAGCAGAGAUUGAGUAUUCAAUAGGUGAUGAGAAGCUUUCAAAACCAAUCAUCAUCAAAACAAUGCCCGAGCAAGAAGGUCACAAGAAAGACUUUCUUGGCGACGCGAAAUUCUUUCCAACUGAAAUUGCAAUGUACACAGAAGUGUUACCAAAAUUGGAAGCAAUUCUACGCGAGGCUGGCGACGAGACAAGUUUAUGUGCCAAGUGCAUAUAUCAUACGCUUGAACCGCGCCAGGUGAUGGUCUUCGAAGAUCUGGUGCCUCAGGGUUACUCGGUUGUGCGCAAGAGAGUAGCUAACUUGGAGGAGAUCAAAGCUGCCAUUGCAAAGCUGGCCAAAUGGCAUGCAGUUAGUUUCAAGUUGCUCAAGGAAGAUCCUACAAUGUUCGAUAAAAUGAAGUAUGAUUUGACUGAAGUUCCCAACUACCUCGAACAGGAUUUCAUGAAGACUAGCCUACCAAACCUAAUCAAGUCACUUGGAAAGAAUGAUAAGUUAAAAGGUUAUCUCAAAUAUCUGGAGCCAUUAACAGAGACUCUUUUGAGCCGCUGGGUUGAAAUCAUACGUGAAUACAGAGAGAAUCGCCAAGAAGAUGCUUACUAUGUUUUAUGUCACGGCGAUUUCCAUCUAAAGAAUAUGAUGUUUAAGGGAACCGAAUGCAUGCUCUUGGACUUCCAAAUAUCCUAUGUAGGAUCUAUGACAAAUGAUUUAUUGUACGCCAUGUAUUUAUUCUAUGGCCCCGAAGAGCGUCGAGAUAGAUAUGACGAGCUUAUUUAUUUUUACUUCACUAAUUUAACAAACACUUUAAAAACUAUUGGCUAUCAAGGAAAGUUGCCAAGCUUAGUUGAGUUUCGAAAGCAAUUAUUCGAAAGGAGACAUCAUGAAAUUUUUUUGAUGUCAAUAUUCUUGCCUGGAUUCAAUUGCAUGAGAAAAGGCCAAGAUCCUGGAGAGUUAAUGACGGACCCUACAAAAUUGGCUCAAAUGUUUGAUGAUAAAGACUUUCAUGAAGAGUUGGAAUAUCUGCUACCUCGUAUGCUUCAUUUAGGCUAUUUUGAGCAGCUUGAAUGAAUGUAUUACUCUUAUCUUUAUCUAUAAUAUAAUACAAGCGUUCAAAGUCAAUAAAAAUAUUGGGACGUAGUUUCAUUUCUGUGAUUAUGCUUUGACAUAUGGCAAUAAUAAUUAUUAAAUGGUUUGAACAACCAACUAUUAUCUUGACAUACACUCUGCAAACUUAAAGUUCAUGACCGAUAAUGCUACUUUUUAUAAUUGUUGAUACUUAAUAUAUUUUUGGUUAGAGCUUUAAGUAACCAAAUAUUAAUACAAUACGUAAAUAGUAGUAUAGUGGUAAAUAAUGACAUAAGCAAUCUUACGAAGCUCUAAACCUUCAAUAAUUCUGCGAGGAAUAGAUUAUAUAUAUGUACAUAUAUUAUUAUCAUCAGACAAAACAAGUAAGAAAGCUACAGUCAAGUGUGCUCGACUAUGAGAUAUCCGCUUCCCAUUGCGGUAUAAUACCGAAAU